AUGAUGGGUAUGGAGUACUACAAGAACGGUGGGACACUGGAUCCGGAGCCAGGGAGGUGCAGGAGAACUGACGGGAAAAAAUGGAGGUGUAGCAAAGAGGCUUUGCCUGACCAGAAGUACUGCGACAAGCACAUGCACCGCGGCCGCCACCGUUCUAGAAGCGCAAAGCAAGUGGUGCUCCGACCUCCUCCUCCUCCUCCUGCUAAUUCUGCCGCCAGCGGCGGGAAUGAGGCUGCGAACGGCAGCGGCGGCUGUGGUUCUCAGAGCAGCGGGAGUAGUAGCAGUGCUGGGAGUUGCAAUGUCGGCGGCAAAAACAACAUAUCCAAGGCGCACCCUCACUACCUUUGA